AAGAGGAAGAGAGGAGGCUGUGUGUUCGUUUUACCUCCUAAUCAGUUUUCCUGGAGGAUCUAUCAUCGGCUGCACGAUAGCAGGCAAGUAGAAAGCGAAAUAAGACGACCUUCUACCAUCUCAAAUUUGAGCCUCAUACAAAUUACAGACAUGGAUGCUCCCCUUUCGACCCCCUGUAAUAUCCAGAUUUGUGAGGUGACCUGUGACUCCUUCCGGAUCAUGUGGGAUAUGACCCCUGAGGACACGGCCAGAGCCACACACUUCUUCAUCGACUUAAGCCGCAAGGCCAACAGGGACCCCAACCGCUUCAAACACAGGGACGUGCCGACCAAGCUGGUGGCCAAAGCCGUGCCUCUCCCCAUGGCAGUGAGGGGACACUGGUUCCUCAGCCCGCGGACAGAAUACUGUGUUGCUGUUCAAACUGCUGUCCGACAGCCAGAUGGUGAUUACUUGGUCUCAGAGUGGAGCCAGGUGGUGGAGUUUUGCACCGGGGACUACGCCAUGGAGCACCUACAGCAGCUUCUCGACAAGGCCAAGGGCUCAGCGGGCAGGCUGCUGAAAUUCUCUGUCUUUUAUCGCAACCAGCACCCAGACUACUUUGAUUAUGUCAGAAAGGAGUGUGGAGGUCUGAUGCGUCCAGCACUCAAAGACACCAGUGGGAGUCACGGCUCACCCAUCAGCGGCAAACUGCAUGGAGUCUUCUUCAGCUGCAACACAGAGUUUGAUACAGGGCUCCCUCCCAAAGACUCCCCGUACGGACCCCUGCGGUUUCAGAUCCCGGCUGGACACUUGCUGAACCCCAACAUCUGCCUGUAUUUUGCAGACUUCUACUGCAUGUACACGGCCUACCACUAUGUGGUGCUGGUGCUUGCCCCUGUUGGCUCAGAGGGAGAUGCCUUCUGCCGCACCCGCCUCCCUAUGCUGGACUUGGCUUCCAACCCCUUUUUGACUUACACUGCCUCUCAGAGACCCGGGGAGGAGCCCUUGUACUGCCACGCCAGCGACGUCAUCCUCGAGGUGCUGUUCACCGAGCCGGUUCACUUGGAUCAGGGCGGCGUGGAGCAGAUCAGCGGGCACCAGCUUAUGAGUCUGACCACCGCCAAUGCCAAGAAAGACCCGAGCUGCAAAGUGUGCAACAUCAGCGUGGGACGCUGAGGGAAGCGCUGGCGCAGAACUUGAAGUGUGCAAGUCUGCAGCCAAGACAGACGCUGUGAUGCAAAAAGAUGGUUGAGCCCAUCAUGUGUAGGUCAGAACACUGUGGAAAGAGUCACCUCUCAGGGUGCACUCGUGCUGCUUUCCCUCCUCCCUCCUGCCUGGACCAGAUAGUGUAUUUAAACUAGAAGACUUAUAAAAGUGUGUAUAGCAUUACUCCAUCCUAAUCACAGCUGGAAAUACAAUGAACAUCCAUCCAUGACAAAAAAAUGCAGUGAAAACACAACAGGCUUAAGAAGACUGUUUUUUCUGGCAUCAUCAUGGUGAUGUCUUUUUUUUUGUUUUUGCCCAUUUUCCCUUUGAUGUGUUUUUUUCACAACUGACAUUUUGACUUGUUGCAAUAUGGAAAAUCAGGCAAAGUAAUAGUCAAGGUGAGGUUUUUCUAAUAUGGACACUUGCUCACUUUCAUAGCUUACUCAGCCAUCAUCAGUCCUCCUGCUCUUUCUCUGCUGUGACAAGUCAAAGCUGGUGUGACGGCAUGUAAACUGUUUUUUUUUCCUGUGGAGAUUAUUUCAGCUUAUUGUGAUCACCUCUCAAACAACAUACACUGCCAUGUGUCUCCUACAAAAUGAAGUCUAAUCACUUAUACUACACUGAAACAUGAACGUUAGUUUCCAGCAUCCUCACUGAAUACUUUCCUGCUUCACUUUAAAUGUAAGGUUAUGACUAAGAAAUUGUCAUACUGCAGAACAGUAGGAUACUUUGUAACAGUAAAAGCCAUUAGGAGGAGGUUCAGUGUUUGAACAUAAGAGAAAGGUAAUGAGGAAGCUCUCAAAGCUCCCUGCAGUCGCUAUUUGGCAGCUGUGCUAAGAUUAGUGGUUACUGCUAUUGGCCUCCUGUUUGUCCCUGCCCAGUAAUCUCUGACCUAAAUGGGAAUCCCAGAAAUGCCUAAAGUGAAAGGGAUCCCCUCCCUGUCGCACAACAAUAAUUCAUCCUGCGGUGACGGGCCAAAAUGCAGGACGCGCCAGCAGAGCGUGGACAGUGUGUGUUGCUUAACGUGAAAGGAACUGACACCAAAACUGAUCUGUUUUAAAGACAUUUUUAAAAUAUAGAACUGUUACUAAGCAGUAUAAACAUGAUCAAAAAUAAAAGAAGUAACAUUUCACAGAAAAACACAAAAAUGUACACUAAACCUUCACCCAGGACUGAUACAGUAUAGACGAAGAUGGGGAAAAAACAGGAUCACUUCUAGGUUUAGUGAGUCAUGGCCUUUCACUUAGAUUCUUCCCAUGGCACAGAUGUGAGUUCACACUCACUGUAAUGCUGUAAUUCUGUCCAUUGUUAUUGUCCCAAAAAGGCUCGCUGUGCCCUCCUGGCAAAUAACUUAAACAGAACUCAAUCUUCCUUUUGGCAUCUAGCACUUUAGGAAUGGUAAUGUCAAAUUCAAAGAUGUCCGUCUGAGGUCCUCCGAAGCGUUUCUGCAGGUACGUGCAGGGCACGUCUCUGUAGCUCUGCCACGAGUCAAAGGUGAUGCGCACACGCACAUCCUUCUGGUAGCUGACAUUCCCAACUCUCACGGUACCCCGGAGGGUCUUCUCGCUGAUACUGCAGUUCUCCAAGAUGACCAUGCUCUCUGCCAGCUUGGCACGAAAGGCCUGGAAAUUUGCAGAUGGCUGCAGGAAGCCCAGUUUGAGCCGUGUUCCUGGGCAGCAGGUGCUGACUGUGCAGCUGUAGCCAUCCUCUGUCAUGCUGCCUAAAGACUGCAGCGAUGGCAGCAGGUCGAGGUCAGACUGCUCUUCUUUGUCGGAAAACACUCGCACGGCUGUUAGAGACAAUCCCCGCGAGUCGGCAAAAACAACACGUUUGCUCUUGAUUGGGAACAACACAUCAUCAUCGCCGUCGUCCAAGUCAUUGAGGAAAGGUGAGGAAGGAUGGGGCGGGAAGACUUGGCUCAAGAUGUCAGAGGAUAAGUGCUCUGAAGCUGGAGGACGGAUGCAGGAUCGCUGGGGUUUCAGGAUGGGAACCCAGACAUGAGGACACAGUUGUUUACGCUGGUUCAAGCACAGCCUGACAGCAAUCUCCAGCAGUCCGGCUGACCGAGCCAUCGACCCAAAGCCAACCACUGGCAGGACACUAACAAGAAACACAUGGGGACCUCAGUACUGACUGGAAAUGUGAAUAUAUCUUUGUAUAUAUCGCAGUUGUGUCAUUACAUGUUUAUGCAGGGCUUUUAAGGAAGGCAUCACAACGUGAAAGUGAUCUGAUAAAAAAUAUUAUGGUAAUUUUAAUUUAACCCCUAAAGACGUUGUGCAAGCUAAUCUGCACAGUUUGUGUGUGUGUUGUGUCUGCUUACGAUGUACUGGACAUCUCCAUGCUGGUAUUCCUAUGCUGAGUGAUGGGAAUAUUGUCCUCAAUGUUUGGAGUUCUGGAAAACAGAAAAAAAUCUGUCACGAUUACAACAAAAUCUGUAUUUAAAAAAGAAAAAAAGUUGCACACAAAGAUUGGUGUGUGACAACAUGCAACAAUCUUUGUGUAAUGUACUUACAAUCUCCCAUGAGUAGCGUGUUGCAGUUGUGUUGUCAGUUGUUCCCCACAGGAGAAUCUGGCACAACACAUUUAUAUCACCUCAGUUUAGAUGUCAUAUUGUAAACUCCGCCCUCUUCGCUGUCCUGACCAAUCAGCUUGUGACUUUGUUUCUCUUUAUGUCUCCCUGUGGUACUGCAUUUCAGUAGGUUUUAUGUUUUCAUAGGUUGCCAUUACUUUGCAUAAAUAAAUAAUUAAAUUAUGGGAAAGAAACAUAUAAACACACCUAAAUGUUAACCAUGAAUAUUUAUGUGAAGUUAAAUAUUUGUAUCGUCACCUUGCACAUUCAUUGUCCAGUGUUGACGAUCUGUGUUACGUACAUAAAAGUCUUCUUUGUGUAAUUCCACUCUGCAUUAUGGAAACUAUCCAGGUUAUCCUGCCCUUUAUUCCCACACCUGUUAGUGGACACAGAUCCCACAGAGGCCUGGGCAUGGCUCCAAACCUUUGCUAUCUAGCGCCUGCUCUAAAGGAAUCACUGCCCCACGGUCCAUCAGCACGAGCAAACCUGAGGGGGGCUGGAUUACAAACAACUCUCAGCAGGCUGGUCACUUAGCCGAAGAAGCUAUUCAGGAAUCAGUCCAUGUGCGUAUGCGAGUAUAUCAAGUUCCACACAUAUCCACACAUGGAAGACCUAUCUUUACUGAGACUGUUGCCACCAAACUACAGGAUAUUUUUAUGACUUUACAAUUAGUGUGAAAUGAUAUAAACUGUUACAAAUGUCAAGAUUUUACAAAGCCUAAAAAAAUGGUGUAGUAUUUAAUAAAUGCAAUUCUUUCACAA